AUGGGUCUCCUCGCUGUCUUCUACUUGCUAGUGGAGCGUUUAUCUGGUCAACAAGACUUUGUGAUCGGUGCUCCCUCGUCCGGACAAGACGCUGCUGAGUUGCAGGACAUCAUGGGAUACUUCGUUAACACUCUACCGUUGCGUCUCGGCGGAAAAUUCGCAGGAGAUGAAGAUUUCAAGAGUUUCUUGAAAAAUGUUCGCAAAGUUGUGCUGGGCGCCUACAACAACAUGGAGAUUCCUUUCCACAAGGUUCUGGAACACCUACGUGCUUCAGCUCACAGCAACGACGACAUUGAACGACGAUGGCAACAUCCACUUUUCCAGGUUAUGUUUUCUUGGGAACAAAGUGAGGAUACGUCGAGUACCACGUACACGGAGCUAGAAUUACCACAUCAGUCUGCCAAAUUCGACCUCAUGUUGUCCAUGAGAUAUCGUCGCCUUAACGGAGACGAAUGUUUGCUUGCUCAAGUGUGGAAAACCCCGGAUCACCCAGCCCUUCACUUUGAGGGCACGCAGUGGACAUACCAGGACUUGUGGAAGUACAGCUGCCGCGUCACCAGAGCCUUGUGCAUGCUGGAUAUCUCUGGUUGUUCCGCUGAGCUUCAUAUCGGUCUGCUCUUGGAUCGAGGAGUGGAAAAUGUUGCAGCCAUGAUCGGAAUAUUGCGGUUGGGGGCAGUUUUUGUGCCGCUUGACCCCGAGUUUCCUCGUGAGCGUCUGCGUUAUAUGACUCGUGAUAGCGAACUUCAAGUGAUCAUCACGCAACGGAAACACGCAGAGAUCGCUGCGUUUGUGUCGUCACGAGAGUCAGAGGAAGAACUUGCCCCACGAGUUUUAAACUACGAAGAUGUAGAUCGUCUAACCUCGUCUAGCGAUGGAUGUGCAAGAGAUGACGAGUUUGACAGCGAAUCGAGGCUUCUGAAGAGACAGAAGCGAGACUCCGAUACAGCAACUGCUUACGUCCUCUACACCUCUGGGUCGACAGGUAAUCCGAAGGGCGUUGUGGUGCCUCACGCUGCUUUGAUGACAACUCUUUGGUGGACAGUACGCACGUAUGAAGUGACGUCAAGUGACGUUUUCCUCCAGAGCACAUCGACGACUCUGGACGGCUCGUUAUCUCAACUUUUUUCGCCUUUACUCGUUGGCGGAAGCGCACGAAUCACUCGUCCAAAGGGGCUCCACGAUCUGCAGUACAUGCGAAAGGUGCUGCUGGAAGCUCCUCACAUCUCGUUUUGUGUAUUUGUGCCGUCAUAUUUCUCGCUGAUCGUGGACUAUAUGAGUGAAAACGGUGAUACUUUUCCAGCUUCCAUCAAGCACGUUAUACUGGCGGGUGAGGCUUUUCCCAUUGAACUUGCACGUCAAUUCUACAAGAAACACCCGGCCUGUUCUACGUGUCUUGUCAAUGAAUACGGACCCACUGAGGCGUCGAUAACUUCGACAGCUUUUCGGAUGCCUCGAGAACUGGCGAUGCAGAACGAGUCAAGUCUUUUUCAAGGACUUCAUAGUGUACCCAUCGGAAAACCGAUAGACGAGCAUCCGGUGGUAGUGCUGGAUGCUCAGAGAAGACUCGUUCCAGUGAACGUCCCUGGUGAGUUGUACAUUGGUGGAGCAGGGGUGGCUCGUGGCUAUUGGCGUCGUCCAGAACUCACCGAGAACUCGUUCGUUCUUCACAAAAAACUCGAAGAAAUCGCGUCACUAGCUCAGAAGCGAACACGAAGAUGGUACAAAACUGGGGAUUUGGUGAAAUGGCUACCUAGUGGCGAGUUGGUGUUUCUCGGACGCACAGAUGCACAAGUGAAGCUUCAUGGGAUGCGAGGCGAGCUACAAGAAGUGCGCAACAUUCUACUGCGCUCUUCAAGCAUCAAGGCAGCUGAGGUGCUCUCAGUUCCUCAGUUGACCUCGCCCGGUCAGAAGCAACGGCAAAUGUCGUCGACGCUCGUAGCUUUCGUCAUGCCAGCUGAGAGUAUCGACGAAUUAUCGGUCCGAGACGGUUAUUUAACCGAGUUACGCGCGUAUCUUGACCAGCACCUUCCACUUCACAUGGUGCCUCAGUCGAUUCAAGUUGUCAGUAGCUGGCCACGCACACCAAACGGGAAGAUCGAUCUUCGAACGCUCGCAAGUUGGGCUGGCUCAAACUCGACAGACUCUCGUCCUGGAGAACAAAAGAAAGAGUCUACUAUUACAGUACAGUUAGCUACGGACAUUUUACGGCAGGUGUGGAUGCAGGCUCUAGAGCUCCAGCCUGUGGAUGGUGACCAAGACAUGGACGACAAACUCGAAGCGAACUUAAUGUCCAAGUCUUUCUUCGAACUGGGUGGCGAUUCGCUGGCGGCUAUCCGAGCGAUUGCUCUUGCGCAAGCACGGGGACUCUCCUUAGCCCUUGAGCAGUUCUUCCGCACGUCAUCGCUGCCUGAAAUGGCUCGAAGGGCUGCAGCUUCGAUGGUGGAUUUACGUCAGUGGACAUCGGAGACGCUAGUGCCACCUAACUGGCCCACAGCGAAGAAUACACGCACAGUUUUCCUUGUUUUCAUGACGCUGACGGGACUGUCUGGAACCUGCUGGAACUAGCUCGACAAAUUGCCCGCUUGCGGUCGUCGGAGUUCAAGCAACCCAACUC